CAAUUCUCCAAGACUGUCAUAGUAAUGGCUUUAACUUUGUCUUGCUCAGCUUCAGCAUUGGUAUCAGACAGGGCUAAUCUGCCUUAUUCCACCAAAGCUAUAAUGCCAUGCUCUGUAUCUCUUCCCAACAAGAAUUCUUCCAACAGCUGGUUGUCUGUUGUAAGGACACAGGCUACAGGUGAUCAUAACAAAGACACGUCAGCGGACGUGCACGUUAACAAGGAUAAUAAAGGACAAGGGACAGCCGUUGAGAAGAGGCCUAAACGAUCGGCCAUGCGCGUCUCGCCUUUUGGUUUGUUGGACCCCUUGUCGCCUACGAGAUCAAUGCGUCAAAUGCUGGACACAAUGGACCGGAUAUUCGAGGAUUCUAUGACAUUUCCUAGCAUGGGCCAACCUUGAGACAUCAACGACAAUGAACAUGAGAUCAAGAUGAGAUUCAAUAUUCCGGGGCUCGUGAAAGACGACGUCAAGGUCUCCGUGAAGGACGAUAUUCUGGUUAUAAAGGGAGAGCACAAGAAGGAAGAAAAGAAUGAUGAUUGGAGAAAUAGGAACUACAGCUCCUAUGAUACUCGUCUCCAACUACCAGACAACUGUGAUAAAGAUAAAAUCAAGGCAGAGGUGAAGAAUGGAGUUCUCUUCAUCACCAUUCCUAAGACUAAAGUUGAACGCAAAGUUAUUGAUGUAGAAAUUCAGUAA